UCAGCUGACGCCGCGCCGCGCGACGCGCUAUACGCAUCGAUCCCGCGAUGCCCGCCAGUCCCUCCCGCUGAUCCGUGAUGAUGGUCCGACGCAGUGGCCGGUACACCACCUGGCGUGGAUUCAAAGAUUUCGCGCUCGGAAAACCACCGGACGAAGAAAAAGAAAAGCCAAAACCAGAGGAUGAUCUAUCGAAUCAUGACGAAAUAUUCUUGAAAAGUAUUGUUGAAAGUCCCGAUUUUGGUCGAAAAAGUGAGCCCAUCGAAUCAGAGGAGGACCUGGUCGUAAAACCCGUAUCGUUGGAUAACGUAAACAUAAUACGGUCGCUGAGCGAGUAUCGUGGCAACAACAUCAGAACUAUUGAGCAAGCGGAACUCGCGAUAUUGCUAUCCAGAAUACAUUUUAAGGCUUUAAUAGAUGCUCAUGAUGCAAUAGGUGCCUUGUGGCUUCAAAGAGGAUCUGGCAUUGAAGAGCCACCGCCUAAGCAAAACAAAGACUCAGCAGAAGGCGCAGAAACUAGCCCUGAGGAAAACGGAGACAUGCCUGUGGAGACAGUCAAAGUUGUAGGCCUUAGGAAAGUGCCUGGACAGCCCUUAGGAUUAACGGUCACAACAGAUGAGCAUGGCCAACUCAUAGUAGCUAGAAUAUUAGCGAGCAGUGCUGCAGCUAAGCAAGCCUUACUCUCCAUAGGAGAUGUCCUUCUAGAAGUAGAUGGAGUACAAGUAGAUACUGAAGAGCAGCUCAAAGAGGCAGUGUCCAAGCCUAACGAUAGGGUUACCUUAAAAGUGGGACCUAACCUUAAGGAAAAAUGUUCUCAAUUAACAAAUAAGCUUAGUUGUUACAUGAGAGCACUGUUUGACUAUAAUCCGAAGGAAGACACACUAUUACCAUGUAAAGAAAUCGGAUUGGAAUUUAAAAAGGGUGAUAUUUUACAAGUGUCAGAUAGAAAAGACCCCAACUGGUGGCAAGCGAGCCAUGUAGAAAACCCUGAUGUGGUGGGUCUAAUACCUUCCCCAGAACUGGAGGAAAGAAGAAAAGCUUAUGUGCCACCUGAAGCAGACUUCGUUCAUAAAAUUAGCAUAUGUGGAGCUAGGAUAUCUAAAAAGAAGAAAAAGUUCGUCUAUGAGUCCAGAUCGAGCGUACAGCUAGAAGGCGCAGAGUUAGCUUUGUACGAAGAAGUAGCGCGCACGCCGCCAUUCUUACGCCGGGUUUUAGCGCUAGUUGGUACUCGAGGCGUGGGUCGACGUACGCUCAAGAAUCGGAUGAUACACGAACAUCCCGACCGUUUCGGCGCCGUUGUGCCACAUACAUCCCGCCCUCCCCGGCCACUAGAAGAGAACGGCACGUCGUAUUGGUUCGUGUCGCGCGAAGAGAUGGAACGCGACGCACACGCGGGUCGCUUUUUGGAGUAUGGAGAGCAUAAUGGGCAUCUUUACGGGACCCACUUGGAUUCCAUCAGAGCCGUUAUUAAGGAGGGCAAGAUGUGCAUCCUGGACUGCGCGCCGGCGUCGCUCAAGCUGCUGCACAACAGCAGCGAGUUCCUGCCGUACGUGGUGCUGGUGGCCGCGCCCGGCAUCGAGCAGCUGCGCAACCUCACCUUCGCAUCCAACCGCAACCUCACGUUCGACCGCCAGAGCUCCAUUCGCUUUAGCUCGCGCCGCGCGCGUACGCUAGAGUCCCUCGCUUCGCUCUAUGAGGAAGAAGACAUGAAGCAAACUCUAGAAGAGAGCGCCCGGAUACAACGUCAGAACGAAAAGUACAUCGACCUCGUGAUCACCAAUCACAACAACGACACCACUUACUCUCGCAUCAUGGACGCGCUACACACGCUCUCCAUUGAUCACCAGUGGGUGCCCGUCAGCUGGAUAUACUAACACUUAUGCACGUAACGGUUAAAGGAGAGCGGAUACAGUGCCAGAACGAGAACAUCGAUCUGAUCACCAAUCACAACGACGACACUACCUACUCUCGCAUCAUGGAUGCAUCUUGGAUGCGCUACACACGCUCUACUGAUCACCAGUAAGUCCCCGUCAGCUGGAUAUACUAACACACUUCUGCACGUAACACGUGUGGGUUAGAGGAGAGCGGAUACAGCGCCAGAGCGAGAUCAUCGAUCUGAUCACGUGAUCACCAUUCACAACAGCGACACAACUUACGCAUCAUAGACGCACACGCUCUCUAUUACCACAAUUAUACUUCGUUGUAGGUACGAUUCGUACGACUGAACACGUGAAAAUCGUUUAGAAGCCCUUAUUGGUCAGCAAGCCCAAAUUCAAUACAUUGACACUGCGUGCAGCGUGACGCACGCAGCCGACGCGUAUAAAAUGUACCAUUUUCUAUGACCGGGAUCAGAAAUUAUGUUACAAGUAAAAAGGUCAAGUUGCCAUCGCCUGACACGUUAUUUAAAUGGGCCGUUAUUUCACUCACCAUACAGCACACUAUGCCUAUGGCGAACACCGAAGGUCACUAAAUUGCGGACAUCUUUCUCUUUCCUCCAAUCAAACCAUAAUUAAUGUGACUGAGAAAGAUGCACGAAAACAUGAGACCUCGAAGGGAAUAAUAUAAACUAGGCAACUAUAUUUUUUUUUGCUUUUAUAUUCUAUGUUUACUCUUUAUUUAACCGAACUGCUUUUUAGAAUGAUUUUAGAAUAGUAUAAAAUGAAUUUGUAUUAGGUUAAGUCAUACCUACAUCACAGGUUGUAUGUAGAUUUAUAGUUUAAGGAUGAAAUCUCGAUUUCGCUAAGUUUUUAAGAAUUAUCUAUUAUAUACACUCGUAUAUUCUUUUUUAUAAAGAAUAUCAAACCAGUAUUCUUUAAAAUGUAUAAUUUUAUCGAUGAUGUAGUACAGUUUAACGUGGGUAGGUAUUUACCAUGAAAUCAUG